AUGACUUUUGGUGGAGUCCACGAUUUCACCCACGUCUGCAUCGUAACCGAUUUGUUCGAAACAGAUCUUGGAGCGGUUCUGAAGAGCAAUCAGAAUCUCACAUUGGAGCAAUGUAUAUUCUUCCUUUACCAAGUGCUACGUGGUGUUAAGUAUUUUCACUCAGCUGGAGUCGUCCAUAGAGAUUUGAAACCGAGAAAUUUAUUGGUGAAUUUCAACUGCGACCUCAAAAUAUGCGAUUUCGGAUUGUCGAAGUUGAUACUAGCAGAUCGGGAAGGGUUUGAUAUGAUACCAAUGACCGCCCGAAGCAUGUGUAAGAAAGGUGUUAUGAAGGCCCACAUUCAGAAGCUCUAG